UCAGAGACGCAGCAGCUAAGAGCAGGACCAACCCUUGCUGGACGUUUCUUGUUGUUUUCCUGGAUUAUACUACGGACUGGACCGGGUCCUUGCACGAGAGACAGCCCUGCCAUGCUUCCUCAAAGAAGAGCUGCUCCUCUCCAGAGACUGGAGGAAGACCUCAUGUGCUCCGUGUGCUAUGGGCAGAUUACCGAUCCUACGUCUCUCAUAUGUGGACAUACAUUUUGCAAUAACUGCCUCAGGUUAAUCGGGGAGAACUCAGCACAAUUACAAUGUCCAGAAUGCAGAAGACCUUGUCCUAGAGAUCAGCUCAUACCUGUGUACAGACUCCGAAGCCUGGCCUCCAACGUGCAAGAAUUAUCCUUCGCACAGGAGGUUCCUGGUUCUCCCCGUCAGCUCGUAUACCAAGAUAGAGAUGGUGAGCUGCAGCUGAACCCUGCGGUGGUACAGAGAUGUUUUAUGGACAAACAGAUUGAGGACUACUCCCUGUGUCUUCUCUCUGUGAUUGGAGAAAAAAGAUGUGGAAAAUCCUUCUUAAUGAAUUAUAUCCUGAGAGCCCUGUACAACCUGGAGAACGGAGCAGCAAUAGGGCCAGCCAUUGUAGAGGAAGAACAUACCUCACUUAUGGGAUUCCAGUGUGAAAAUGGAGCUGACACCGUAACCAAGGGAAUAUGGAUAUGGGACCGACCAUUUAUACUGGAGAGAGAUGCCGAAAAGAUGGCCGUCUUUGUCCUGGACACAGAGGGAUCAUUAGAUACUGAGAGGGACCCUGAGGCCAGCUAUAAGUUAUCAGCCUUAUCCAUGUUUCUCAGCUCCUAUCUGAUCUUCAAUGUUAAUAAAACUCUCAAAAUGACAGAAGUGGAUCUUCUCGAGGUAUAUCUCUUCAUCCAGGAAUGUCCCACUGAAAGUUCUGAUUUGGCGGAAAGCUCCACAGAAGGAUCAGAUGGCAGCCCUACCAUACAGCUCAAGAACUUAGACCUCCUGGUGCGAGACUGGAAUGAUCCUGAAAAUUGUGGAAGAGAAGCCGGACAGCGUUACCUGGACCAUGAAAUACAAAAAUUGGAGAACAGUAGACAUUGUAACAGUGUGGUCCAGAUACUUAACAGUCAAUCGGUCAGUGCCUUCCUCUUACCGCAUCCUGGAAAUGAGUUCCUGAGAUUGGCAGAGGGAGAUCUCCCAGCUGCAGAUGCGUGUUUCCGUCGCCACUUUACUACGUACAUCUGUGACCUGAUGAACACAAUUUGGAACUAUCCGAAAAUUGAUUCUGGGGGGAAUAUCAUAAAAUGUGGCAAUUUGAGGCAACAACUGGAGACAUUUGUGGAGUUCCUGCAGAUGAGGCACUUUAAGUUUAGUUCUCCAACACAGAUGUAUUACUCUAUGGAAAACUUCAGAAACAGGAAUCUCAUCAUCAGGAAACUGGACAAGUUCUUUGAAAAAGAGGAUCCAUCAUUAUAUAAGAACCUGAAGAUGACAACAUCAGAAAUGAGGUCAACAGCUGAGGCUGAGAUUUCCGAUCUCCUGUCUGAGUAUGGAGACAACCUGCUGACCGACUCUGAGGAGGAGAAGACGCGUCUCCUGGAGGAUUUACAGACUGAACUACAAGAGAGAACAGAAAGAUUCCUCUCCACAUACUCCAAACUGCAGCAGAAACGUAACAUCAUGACACGGCUGAGGAGCGUCUUGAAAAAAGAGAAUCCACCAUUUUAUAAGGUCUUGAUGACUAAACCAUCUGAAGUAAAGUCAAAAGUGGAGUCUGCGGUCACCUCCCUCCUGGAUGAGUAUGAAACUUGUCUGGAGACUGAAUCUGAGGAACAGAAGAACCUUCUCGUGGAUGAUUUACAAACUGAAUUAAAAGAAGAAGAAGAAACAUUUUACUCUGAAUACUCUAAAAAGCGUAAUGUGAUGGUGGGAGCUACAGUGGGUUUAGUUGUGCUGGGUUUGGCUGGAGGGGCAGCAGGAGGUGUCAUAGCUGGAGUGGCGCUCACUGCAGAGGUAGGUGUUAUAGUGGCAUCUGCUCUUGGUGGAGCCAUUGGUUCUGGGGCAAUAGGAGGAGGAGCAGGAGCUUUUUUUAAACGUUUCUUUGGAAAGAAGUCAAAUGGAGGUCAAAAUUCUACAGAAGACACCAGCGAAGGUCCUACUGAUGACACCGAUCCCCUGCUGAAGGAGGAGUCCAUGGAUGGCUAACACAACAUUUUACAACCAGUUCUUUCUUCCAAUUAGGGUUCAGAUGGGGUAUAUUCACACGUGUAUGCACCGAGACGCCGCACCCCGCCACACAAAGCAAGACCCUCGCUAAUAACCUCUCAGGAUCAGAUACACAUUUCUGUCAUUACCCCGGACAUAUGGUCGAUCGAAUACAUCCUGAGCCCUGACUGCAAAAUGACACCCAGUACAUCAAUGUCUGCAGCAAACUGGUGCCAGUGAGAAUUAAACACAGCUUAUCCAUGAGAAAAUCAACGAAAAGAUAAAAAAGCUAUGGUUCUUGAAAUGUGACAAUGAAAAAAAUUGAAAUAAAGCUUGGCAGUUAAAACUCAAGCAGGCCUGGUCGUUAAGGGGUUAACAUUAGGUUUAGGUUUAGAUUCCAUAUCUUGAGGUUUACAUUACUCCUCCUAUAGACUCCAUCACUCAUUACCUCUCAAUCAGAUGGGACCUCUCUUGGGUCCGACUGAUUGGGGAUUAAAUCAAUGAAGAUGGUCAUGCUCCCUAGAAGAUUAGUUAUAUUUCACGCCCCUCCUAUCCCUGCCCCCACUCUGUAAUAUAUCACCUCUAGGAGAGUCACUUUCAGUUCAUCUGAGCAAACUGUAGACUGUGAAGCUCGAACUGUCCUGUAUCAGAAAGAUAUGGAGCAUGGACAUCGCUGCUCCUCCCAGUAGAUGAUUCUUCGGAUGUCUACAUGUAGAUGUUGGUUCCUGAUAUUCUAAAGUAUUAUCACCCAGCGAUUGCUCAAGUAGUCAGCACUCAGGCUGGAACCCAGGCAUCCCUAUGGGGACGUACAGUAAACAGAAGCGCGUGGUCCUCACAGAUAUGGUCUCCACCCCCUACCCAUCAC